AUGGCUUCUAAGAGGUCCGAUUUCGGCGAUGGCGCUAGCCCUGGGAAGAUUUUCAUCGGGGGUCUUGCGAAAGACACCACCUUAGAUACGUUUGUGAAGUACUUUGGAAAGUAUGGAGCUAUUACGGACUCUGUAAUCAUGAAAGAUCGGCAAACGGGUCGGCCAAGGGGUUUCGGUUUCAUCACUUAUGCCGAUCCCUCCGUUGUUGACACUGUUAUUGCUGAAACCCAUGUCAUUAACGGAAAACAAGUUGAAAUCAAAAGAACCAUCCCAAAAGGAGCUGCUGAAUCCAAGGAUUUUAAAACAAAGAAGGUUUUUGUUGGCGGGGUUCCUACUUCUGUCACUGAAGAUGAAUUCAAGAAUUUCUUCUCCAAUUAUGGUAAAGUGGUCGAGCAUGAGAUUAUUCGGGACCACGUGACCCAGAGGUCUCGAGGCUUUGGAUUCAUUGUGUUCGACAAUGAACAAGUAGUUGACAAUCUGCUAGCUGAUGGAAAUAUGAUUGAUAUGAAUGGAACCCAGGUUGAGAUCAAGAAGGCUGAACCAAAGAAACCCUCAAACCCAACACUUGCUUCUGCACCCAGUAGUGAUUCUAGGGGUCGUUCAUUUGGCGAUAGGUUUGGUGGAUUCGGCAGUUCUUAUAGCAGUUUUGGCAGUGGUAGCCAUGGCCCUGCUGCUUCUUAUAGGUCACUUGGAUCAGGUCUUGGUGGUAGGUUUGGCGACUAUAGUGGAUAUGGUGGCGAAGGUGAAUUUGGUGGUCGCUACGGGGAUUUUACCCGUAGUGAUUUUGGUUAUCGAGGAGAUGGCCCACUGGGCUAUUCUAGUCGGUUUGGUUCUUACGGUGGAGGCUUUGGUGGGGGAUAUGGAAGUGGGUUAGGUGCCUAUGGCCGUGGAGGUGGUUAUGGGAGCUAUGGGUCCGGUCCAGGUGCAGGAUAUGAUUCCGGCCCUGGUGCAGGAUAUGAUUCUGGCCCUAGCUCUGGUUAUAGUGGACCAGGAGGGUUGUAUGGAAGUAGGGCAGGCUAUAGUGGCAGUAGUCGUUAUCAUCCCUACGCCAGGUAG